CGUUUCGUGGCAAUUGAAUUCACUCAAUGCGUGCGUGUACCUGGCGAUAUGGCGGUCUAGUUUGGAAUCAUAACUAUAAUUAUUAGUUCUGCAGAACAAGCUAUACGUACAACGGGACGGUGCGUUGCAAAACAGUUUGUAUUGCCUCUCCAUCUCGCUGGCCACCAUGCCCACGCAAAAGCGUCACUUUCAUAAUCCACCGCUGCCAGCCACGGUGGACUCCGUUCAGGCCAUCGACAAAGGACUUAUCAAGUUCGACCAGCUGAAAGCUUAUGUGACCAAGCAUGUCACAGGGACAAAGGGUGGCCCGAACACUGUGUCGGUGGUGACCCCCGGUGUGCUGCGCGUGCUGUUUGUUAAUCGGAACAAGGACUACUUAUUCCAAAUCACGCGCACGUACAUCAACAGCCUUGGUCUGAAGAAGGUGAUUUGCCUGGAGCCCAACGAUUGUUCGGGUGCGUAUCACAUGCGUGUCCUAGAAAACAGGAUCGCACAGAAAAAGCCGUCAUCUACGCACCCGACCGUUGGCAGGGCGACGAAAUCAGGGACGGCCGCAUCUGGACACCCCAUGUCUUCUGGUACGCCUCGUCACGGGUCAUCAUCGCUGCCAGCCGUGUCCGAUAUCAUAUCCGCCGCCAUGUCUCACUCACUGCAGUCCGUGGCGUCCGCGUCAUCGAGCACAGCGGCGACGUACUCCGCGUCCCGCGUUGCCGGGACGACAGGCGUUGCCACGACGGCAACCCCUGCGGUGAGGAGCUCCCCGGCGGCGCCAAUGGUUCUCUAGUGCUGCAGGAUUGCCCGCGCAGUCUAGUCCACGGGUUACAGGAUCGACCGAUGGCGCGUCGUCGAGAGCUUCGCGUCACCACUCGUCCUCGCAAUCACCGACCUCUGGUGGCACUGCUCCCGUAACCGUAGUAGCAUCACCGCUGCCUCCGCAUGCCUCCUCUCGUAGCUCCGCGCACCGCAGAACGGCAUCGUCUUCCAGUGUUGCUUCAACCACCGUCGUCGCCGCAGUCGCCACCACCAGCAACGGCAUGCAAUCGAAGCUUCGCACUACACCGGCGGAGCUGCCCACCGGCAUGCAAUCUAAGCUUCGCACUACGUCGGCGGAGCUGCCCAGCGGCUGUGCAACCACGAUGACCACCGCUGCUCUGGCGCAGCUCCGCGACGCCGCGCUACUGACGGAGCGUGCCCUGGAGGACGCUGAGAGAGCGCUGGUGGAAACCAACGCGGCGGGACGGGGCAGUCGGCGCUGCUUUGCACGCCUGUCAGUGGCCGUCACCGCUAUCGUCGGCGAUUCGAGCAGCGGCCUCGUCCCGGGUGCUAGCGGCGCGCUAGUAGAUUCUCCAAGUUGAGCUCCCUCAGCUCGGCCGUGUGUGUUCAUCUGAGGUCCCUCAGCUCGGCCCUGUGUGUUCAUCUGAGGUCCCUCAGCUCGGCCCUGUGUGUUCAUCUGAGGUCCCUCAGCUCGGCCCUGUGUGUUCAUCUGAGGUCCCUCAGCUCGGUCCUGUGUGUUCAUCUGAGGUCCCUCACCUCGGUCCUGUGUGUUCAUCUGAGGUGUGGCGACCGUGAGUGGUAAUCAGUCUAGUGACGUAAGGAAUAUUCGAAUUAUUCGAAUAUUCUAGAAUACCCAAAUCAAAAAGAAUAUUCGAAUGCAGGCAGCAUUAUUCGAUAUUCGAAAUUCCAAAAAGUUGGCACUUGUUGGUUGCGGUGUUAUUUUAGCUCCAACCUUGAUCUCCUGAACAGUAGUGGGGAUGACCGUAUUGAAAUUAUGAACUGUGAAACUUGUUCUUGGAGAAAAUCUGCUCUGUUACUUGGAAUGCGAUCUGUAUGCAACAUGAAUGUUGGGUCUGAUGGAGUAAAGUGAUCGACGCUCAUCACAAGAAUAUAGAAUAUUCGUUCGUUCGUCAAAAGCGAUAUUCGAGAGAAUAUCCGUUCGAAGAAAACACCAUUCGUUACACCACUAGACUAUUCACCUCUUUCAGAGGUGCCGCCGCGUGGAAAGGUUUUCGUCCAUCUGGCGCAUCGCAAGUUGUACUCUCCUGCCUGGUGUACGUGUACGUACGCGUUGAAAGUUCUGACAGGGUCCAGUGCCGCUGGCUUGUGUAAAGUGGUGGCUGUAUACCGUAUAGGCAGUGAGAAAGUGUGACGUUCACUCAGCACUACUAACUUACCUGUGGUGUUGGCAGCAUCCGCUCGUGGAACUUACCGGCAGAGCUGACUUAUGGUAUUAUAGAACCCACUACUACAUGUAGUUCAAAACUAGUAUUAGAUAAACCUUGUUAUAGUUCACACACAUGUUCAUGCUGUCAAUCUAGCAAGAGCUGACUUGUGUAUGAUGGUGGUGAUAUAGGUGUGUUGACGGUGAGACAGUACGAUGUUCACUUCCCUCUACUACCUGUGGUGUUGGCAGCAUCCGCUCAUGGAACUUACUUACCGGGAGAGCUGACUUGUGUUUGGUGGUGGUAUGGGGCUGCUAUGCCUGGCAGUUUGACAGUCACCUCACACUGCUUGUGGUGUUGCAGUGUCCGCUCGUGGAACUUACCCGGAGAAUCAUGUACCCGCCGCUGUGUUCGUGACAUCUCGUCUCAUGCCCCGUGCCUUGUUCCUGCCCUGGUGAGGGCACAUAACCCCAUCCCAGGGGUAUCAGCCCCCCCCCCCCCCCCCCCCCGGUAUCGACCACGCACAAGUGGCUCCCCGUCCCUGGGGUAUUAGCCCCAGUGUCAAGCGCGCACAAGUGAUUUGGUCUCACGUGGGAGUGGAGGCUGCACAUGCACCUUUCAAACAUUUUCUUAUCUCCAACACCGACCCUGUACCAUUGGAGGGGGUUUCCCUGUACCAUUGGAGGGGGUUUCCUGCACCAUCGGAGGGGGUUUCCCUGUACCAUUGGCGGGGGUUUCCCUGUACCAUCGAAUUGGGUUUCCAGUACUGUUGCCUUCCACAACUGUGCUUGUCGCACUCACCGGACGGAGACUGCGUGCCGUAUCUCUAACCAGUUGCUACGGCCACCGGAGCGAGAGAGACCGCAUGCCACGUUUCUAUUUGAUUGCUACGACCAGGACUGUGCUCGUGUUCAGACGGACGCGGACCCUUUGCCUCAUCCUCUGCUGGACACCAGCAUUCUUAGGGUCAACGAGUUGCCGACUGCCUGGGCAAGUGUCUUCGCCGUCGAGUGCUACCCUAAGCUGUAUGCACACGCGCCCACACUCAGUGGUAACUCCACCGUGCCCGUAUGUUCUCACGCACACUUGCGCUGUUCGACUAGGCAGUUAUUCCAUUAUGCCUGCCCGCAUCUUCCUUUUCUCUGUGCUUGGAUUCGUGUCCUGCUGAGCACAUGCUCGUAUCACCUUGCUCUGUGUCCACGCUAACGUGUCUAGCCCGGAGGCAUUACUUUUUCUCUGCUUUUUUUGUGAUUUGCUUUGUGUUGCUCGCAACCUGUAGAAUGAUGUAUGUGCACGGUUUGUGCCACCGUUCUGUGAUCUCAUCAUUAUCAUCAUCAUCAUCAGCAUGAGUUUGAGUUUCUCGCCUGUGCUUCACAUAUACGCCGCAUUGUGUUCCGGUAGAGCCCAGUAUUGCUUGCCACCCUCCCCUGUUUUUUUAGUUUUUUUUUAAACAAAACCUAGGACAGGAAUGCCAGUGUAGGAUGUAUGGAGAGGCAGAUCCCAAACCCAAUAAUGUUCGAAUUUAAAGUGUGUUUUUCGGACUUAAUUCGGCCAACUAUUGGCUUUUCAGAAGCCAGUGGUCUGCAAUAUCAAAAUGGAUUGUCUACAGAGUUAGGGGAAGUGCACAACAUGCUUCGCAUUUUCCUAUUGAUUUUGCCCAUUUUUAGGGGAAAGCGAUCCCCUGAGGGCUUGUGUAUUUCGCCUUGCCCUGCUGGGGGAAUUACCCGUGUACUUCUGCUAUCGACC